AUGGCUCAUCACCAGCUGCCAGAGUACGGCUACCAGUGUGACUGGAAGGCCUACAUCACGGAGGCAGAAGCUUAUUUCGAGGCAACUGGCGUCAGUGACUCGGGAAAGAAAAGGGCGUUGCUGGUAGCUGCAUUAAUUACGCGCACCGUGCAAGUGCUCUCAGGACAGGUUGCACCGAGGAAGCCUAACUCGCUGACGUGCGAGGAAGCAGUGAAAGUUUUGGAUGACUACUUCGACCCUAAGCGUCAUGAGAUAACGGAGAGCUUCCGGUUCUUCAAUCGCUGCUAUUUGGAAGGAAGCAGCCGUACCCCAGCCAUGGAUGCUGUCCUGUCCGAGUUCCAAGACGUCUUCAGCACCGAGCUGGGUCUAAUCGACGGACACCCUGUCCAUUUGAAGCUCAAGGAAGGAGCCACGCCGAAGUUUUACCACCAGCCGCUCCUGGGUCUGCUGAAGGCGGACCGACCAACUCCAGCAUUGGCAGCUGCUAGAAUACAGCACUGGGCGCUGUACCUGGGCGGAUUCCGCUAUCAGCUUCAAUGCUGUCCUGGGCCAGCCAACGAACCAGACGAUUGGCAACUGUCAUCACCUGAAGCUGCCGUGUACGCCCGCAACUUCGGAACGGGUGAGAAAUGGACGCCAGGAAUUGUACAGUCCAAAAUAGGUUCUCGGAUGGUUGCCAUACGAACGCCGGCCGGAUCAGUACGACGACAGGUUGACCAGGUGCGGAAGCGGGAAAAUUCGACGCCACCGCUUGGUACAGAUCAAGAAGCGGCAAAUCAAGCAUCAAGAACAGGUACUCCUAGUGACUACCCACAAUCGCCGAGACCGCCAGCUGAACAAGGGGGCAUGCCCGAACCAGAGCAUGAAAUCCAACCGGAACUCGCAGCGAGCAACGCUGCCACGGAUGAACCCGACAGCCCACCCCAAGCUUUGCGGCGCUCUACACGUCAAAGAAAACCCAACGUCGGAGCUGCCAGCUGCAGCAUUUCCAUCAAGCGGCUGUGCCCGUACACAGGAAUGCUCAUGCCUUCUGUGUGA